AUGGCAUCGACCUAUGAAGCACUUCCAACGACAGAUAUCGAUGGCCAAGAGCCAGAUACGGCCAUCGCACGGGAAAAGCCACCCGCAGAGCGACCAGGAUUCUUCUACCGCUCUAGGAAACGGCUCGUAUUCUUCUUCUUGCUGUGCUUCGUCGCAUUUGUGUUUUACAAGGCUGGGCAGUGGUCUGUCAGCGUCGUGACCCAAAUCAGAGAAGACGGAACUGCGGCGGACAAGCCCGAGGAUCUUGAAAUUAACCUUGAUAAAGGCCACAACACGACUCAAGUUCCAGAAGAACAACCACAAAUGGCGGGCAAGAAAUACAGCGUUGGAUAUUUUGUGAACUGGGGCAUCUAUGGCCGCAAGUUUCCCCCUUCUUUGAUCCCAGCUCAGGACCUCACCCAUAUCCUUUACGCAUUCGCGGAUAUCAAUCCCGAGAGUGGCGAGGUCUUCCUGUCAGAUAAAUGGGCCGACCAAGAUAUACAUUAUCCAGGCGAUUCCUGGAACGACCAGGGGACAAACCUAUACGGCAACUUCAAAGCUAUCUACAACCUCAAGAAGAAGCACCGUCACCUCAAAGUCCUCCUCAGUAUCGGUGGUUGGACUUACUCACCAAAGUUCCAUAACAUGAUCGUUUCCAAGUCCCACAGAGAGACUUUCGCUUCGUCUGCUAUCAAGCUUCUUGAAGAUUACGGGUUGGAUGGAUUGGACGUCGACUAUGAGUAUCCCCAGAACGAUGCGCAAGCUGAGGGAUACGUAGAGUUACUCAAAACAAUGCGACACGGCCUAGACAAACACGCUCAAGAGAAAGGCGCGAAUUAUCAUUUCCUCCUCACUAUUGCUGCGCCCUGCGGCCCAUCCAAUUAUGAGAAGCUCCACAUAGGAAAAAUGGAUCAAUACCUCGACUUCUGGAACAUGAUGGCAUAUGACUACUCUGGUUCAUGGGACCAAAUUUCUAACCAUCAAGCAAAUGUAUACGGUGGCCCAAUUAGAACAUCCACCGCUCUCGCCUACUACGAAAGCCACGGGGUUCCACGUUCGAAGAUGGUCUUAGGCAUUCCCCUGUAUGGUCGUUCCUUCCUCAACACCAAUGGCCCUGGCCAUCCGUUCAGCGGUGUCGGCCCCGGCAGUUGGGAACAAGGUGUUUACGAUUACCGUGCGCUCCCGCUCCCACAUUCCCAAGUUCACCUUGAUCACGCCGCCUUGGCAAGCUGGGCUUUCGAUCCUGCGAAGAAAGAGAUGGUCAGCUUUGAUAACGAGGAUGUUGGGGCUUGGAAGGGGGGAUACAUCAAGCAUGAGGGGCUUGGGGGCAGCAUGUUCUGGGAAUUGAGCGGUGAUAAAGGUUCCAACAGAGAAGGAAUGGAAGGAGGUCAAGGUAAAGACCCUCAGCCUGGACGCAGUUUGGUGAGGGUUGUGAAAGAAGCCAUGGGCGAAUUGGACGAUAGCCCUAAUUGGCUACACUAUGAACGCAGUAAAUUUGAUAACAUGAAGGCAGGUAUGCCUUAA